AUGAAUGCCCCUCCAGCGCUCGGGUAUCCGCCCGGCGUGUCGCUGGCACCAGGCAGCCAGGUCUCACCUACAGCAGCCAAUUUUGCCUCCAAUAACCCAUUCCGCAACCGUGCUCUCUCGCCUUCGACUGUUCCUGGCUCAGCUACCAACGCUCGUCCUGAACGUCCCCGAUCGACCAACCCAUUCUUAGACGACACGGACGCCCUGUCACCACAAUCCGCCCCUGGCUUGUCGACCGGUGCCAAUAUGUUCUCUCCGACCGAAAGACCCGAUAUGACUAGCAACACCCGUGACCUUUUUGAGAACCUCUCCAUCAAGCCCACCGCUACAGUCUCGGCGGUGCCUGCUCCCUCACCUUUUGCCGCCCAGUCCAAUAGCUCUCGCCCAGUUCCCGAAGCCAUUCCCCGGCAACCAUCAACCAAUCGCCCUCGUCCUCCGCGGGAGCGUCCAGCCCCAUCCGGGCGACCUACAGAGUCGUCCCGUUCAAAGGAUCCAUUCAACAUUUUUGCCGACCCCAAGACUUCUAGCUCGGGCGCUGGCAAGAGCUCCAGCUCCCGUCGACCCCGCCGGAACUCGGAGUCGUCUGUGAUGGAGCGGUCUUCGAAACUGUUUGAUGACGACGAUGAGAAACGCCGACGUGAACGCCGCCAUCGUGAGCGCGAGCGUCAGCGCGAUGGAAAGCCCCGUUCAUCUCGCAAGGACCGUCGACUGGAUAUCAUUGACAAAUUGGACGUGACGAGCAUCUAUGGUACCGGAAUGUUCCACCACGAUGGUCCCUUUGAUGCAUGCAAUCCCCACCGCAACCGUAAGGGCGCGCGCACGGCGCCCAUGCAGGCUUUCCCCAAGAACUCAACAAACAUGGCUCUAGGUGGCUCCGGUCCGGUCAACCCUAACAUUGAUCUAAACCUCUUCCACGGCAGAACGGAGGAGGGCUUCAACGACUACAACUCCGGCCUCAACCGCAACCCCGAAACUGUUCAAAUGGAUGCUAAGACCGCAUUGGAACCAGUUCACGGUGCGCAGACUAUGGGCCUGGGAACUAGCACCUUCCUUGAUGGCGCCCCGGCCAGUCGUUCGGCCAUUGCACGACGUGAAAGCGCAAAUGAAGCGCAGUUUGCCCAGAACGGCGGUCUACAGCGGAAGAAGAGUCUGGCACAGCGCCUACGUGGGAAGAGCGGUACCGGCCGUCUUGCGUCCCCCGGCCGUGUCGGUUCUCCCACAGAGCAAGGCGCCCUAUCUCCACCACAGCUAGGCUCGAGCCACUCCGCAUCUUCACGAACCAACGAGCGGAACCCGUUCUUCCAAGAUGACCUCGACGAGGAGUGGGACAAGAAGGGCUCACGGAUCGCAGAGGCACGUCUCGAGGGUAACGGUCGUCUUCGCUCAUCGAGCAGCCCCAAGCAACCAACCGGACUGGAACGCAAGACAACCAGUGAUCGGGCCUAUGAAGACCAGCAGAAGUUGAAUGCGGGCGGCGGCGGAUUCUUGAACCGAAUGAAGAGUUUACGCAAACCGCGCCCGGAGCGCCGCACCAGCGAUUAA